AUGCGGAAGCACUUCCCAGAGGUUUUGAAAGGCAUGAACCUUGUGGCCAUUGACACUCUGCACCUCUUCCCGACCGCCCUGGAGUGUGCCAAGUUAGUCGAGGAAAAGUACGCCAAGCAGGCCCUUUGGAAGUUACCAAAGGGAAUCACGACGAAGGACGAGUUCAUCGCCAAGUACGGUGACUGCGAGGAGCUGGACUCUGCAGACUUCGACUUUGUGAGCAAGGUUGAGCCUUUCCAGCGAGCUUUGGAGGAGUGCGAGAAGGACAUCCUGAUCACCGGCCGUCGGAUGGACCAGGCCGCGCAGCGCAUCAAGCUGGAUGUUUGGGAGGAUCAGAAGCGCACUUUGAACCCCAUGGCGAACUUCAGCUGGCAGGAUAUCAUCGACUACGUGGAUAAGGAGGGUGUGCCGGUGAAUGCUGGCCACAACUGGGCCUUCCGCUGCGACGCACCGAUCGAGGCGACCAGCCGCCAUUUGCCGGACCUUCCGUGGACCAAGGUGGACUUGGGAAAGCCCUUCUGGCGCUGCACGGAGGCAGAGAUCAAGGGCAGCCCUCCCGCAGCGAUCACUUACGUGUUCAAGUCGUUUGGCGACAUGCACACGACCGUGCCGGUUGAGCCCCAUGAGUCCGAGCGCGCCGGCCGAUUCGUGCGCCAGGCGAAGACGGAGUGCGGUAUCCAUACUCGCACCACGUUUGCCGGCGCCCCACAUGGUGGAUCUUUGGUGGACCUCAUGGUCAAGGACCCGGCCGAUAUCAAGAGCCUCACAGCCAGCGCAGUGAAAACCAUCGAGAUCAAUGAGCGCCAGGCCUGCGACGUUUUCUGCCUGCUCAGCGGCGCCUUCAGCCCCCUCACGGGCUUUAUGGAGGAGACCGCCUACAACUCAGUCGUGAAGGACAUGCGCUUGCCCGAGAAGCAGCUCUUCGGUCUGCCCGUGACCUUCGACCUGCCGGAGGUCGAUGGCAUCAACAAGGGUGACAAGUUGCUCUUGAAGUGGAAGGGACAGAACGUUGGUGUGCUUGAGGCGUCUUCCAUCUGGAAGCCGAACAAGGUGGUGGAAGCCAAAGAAUGCUACGGCACCAGCAGCCUGGAGCACCCCACCGUGGCCUCUUUGGUGACGGAGAUCGGAAAGUACUACAUUGGUGGCAGGAUCCACGGAUUCGAGCUGCCCAAGUUUGGCUACACCACGCAGACUCCGGCCGAGGUUCGGGCCACGCUGCCAGAAAACAAGCAGGUCGUUGCAUUCCAAAACCGCAAUCCCAUCCACCGAGCCCACUUCGAGCUGCUGGUGUGUGCCCAGAAGGAUGUCAAGGAUUCGGUUCUGCUCGUCCACCCUACCUGUGGCCCAACCCAGCCUGGUGACAUCGACGGUUUGGUGCGAAUCCAGACCUACGAGGCGCUGAAGACAGAGACCGAGAAGGAGUACCCGAUGUUCAGAUGGGCUUACUUGCCUUACAGCAUGAAGAUGGCAGGUCCUCGCGAGGCCAUCCAGCACAUGAUCAUCCGCAAGAACUACGGAGCCACCCACUUCAUCAUCGGACGCGACAUGGCCGGUACCAAGAGCACCAUCGAUGGAGAGGACUUCUACGGAGCGUACGAUGCCCAGGAAACGGGCAAGAAGUACUCUGCUGAGCUCGGAGUGACCGUGACGCACUACGAGAACAUGGUCUAUGUCGGCCCAGAGGAAGGCUACGUGCAGGAUGUUGCCCACCAUGCAUGUGUGCCCAUGUCCUUCAAUGCCUGCAUUCAUGCGACGAGUUUGUGCUAG